AUGCCCCCGCGAACUCGUACCUCCACUGUAAGUUGACAAUUUUCGUUUCGCCAUGCCCAACCAUUUAGGGUUUUGCCGAUUUUUUGGAAAAAGAGCCGUGAUUAAGAAAUCCUGUUUUGCAUCCGUCAAAUGAACAGUCCUGAUUGAGUACUUCAAGAAUUUUGCGUCAUUAGUUUUUGGUUAUUCUUUUAUCUUCUGUAAAUCACUGACCGAUCACUAUUAUGGACACCCCCCUCAAAGUCAAGUUCGCCUAGCUUUUUGCUGUUGGGAAGAAAAGACUCUUUAUUGAAGUCGGAGUUUGUUGUCCGCAGAGUUUUUGCAGUAAAAACAUGAGGGCUUGAGUAAUAAAUUUACGAUGCAAGCUGACACAAAAGCAGUAGCAACGUUUCAAGUGGUGUACUUCUGCCUACAGUUUGUGUGUGUGUGUGUUUGCUUAUUUCCGCAGACUCUUGCCUAUGCUGCACGCAAGUAAUUUAGCUGUCCAACAUGAGCAGGGGAUGUACGGGUGGUUCGGCGUAAUUUUACACCACAGUAGGGUGAUGAAAGAGCACCUAGCACACUUAAUCCGCUGAUCCCGGUGCUUACCUCUAGUCCUCCUCCUCCUCCUCCUCCUCCUCCUCCUCCUCCUCCUCCCCCUCACCCUCCCUGACAAACCCUAACGCAACUAAUAUCACGGAUAGUAAUGGAAAGACGUCAAAGAGGAUGAAAAGGACCAUAAGAUACACCCUGUCGACCUUCGAGAACGCUGUCAUAAUUAGCUUUUAGUUCUUUCGGAGCUGGGAUGACUUUCCGCGAAUUUCUGCAUGGAACAGACGCCAUUAGUCGGUUACUGUUGAGUCACGGUCAUCCUAUGCUUAAUACGCGCUGUUAUAGAUUCUUAACUCUACGGUACUUUGCAAAUCUGUUGUCAUUUUGAUUGGAGGUGACAUAGGUUGAAGGUCCUUGCACUGAAGAUGGGGGAACAGUUAUUUGUGCAACCUCGGGCUUUGCUAUUUCCAGUGGAAUUUAGCACUUGCCUGACGCCUCAUCGCCAGAUGACUAGUUUUCCGCAUAAUCUAUGUACUACCGAACCUCAGAAAUACUGUCUUCCACAUUGCGUUCUCUCGAAAUUAUUUAAACUUUACCAUCCGAGUUCUUUCCACCCUGAGCAGACACGUUUCUGCCCUUCUAACGCGAAUUUUCUCUAUUUCCUUAGGUACUGACAAAUUCUUUAUGCAUCUUCGUUUUUUUGCUUUCAGGGGUCGGCAAAACUUGCUCUCAUUGGGUCUGUUUUUAUCACCUGUCUGGGAUCCUCUUUCCUGAUUGGCUACAACCUUGGUAUCGUCAAUCUGCCCGCGAAUGUGAGUUUUUUGGUAGAAUGAUAUAUGACCCAGCACAGGGAUAACAAAAUGUGUCCAGUCGCACGUUUAAUGAUAAUAUGACUGGCAUUGAAAACAGAAAGAGCGUUAUAUAUUCCGCCAACAUAUCCGUUUUAACCCUAUACAGAUUUUCAUAAAAGGAAGUAAUCAGAAGAAGUAUAUUCUUUAUCAGUCAAGACGCGCCGGAAAAGAUUUCUGUCUUGCAGAAGAGCAUUUAGUCUGAUUGAAGAUCUUUUGGAAGUGACAUCCCAUACAGAAGACUGGAGUCUGUCUCAAGAGAUCUUUCUGAGCAUUUCGAACUAUCAUUAAUUUCUUCCCAAGUCCCCAAUUCACUGGUACAUCCUCAGUGUUCGUCCGGCAUUGGGGAGUAAUGGUUUUUCACCACUUAUUAAUGGAUGCCAAAUGUCUGCGGAAAUUAGUCUGAAGGGUUGGCACAGUGGCGUCGUCGUUAAGCGGUCAUACUUUGUGAAGUACGUGUUCUGACCUCGGUAGACUCAUUUACCUCAUUUCCAAGCCCCUAUGAGACAAGAAAGUGAACGAUUGAUAAUCGUCUGGAUGGCCCCGUCCAUCUUAAGUUGCUGAAACAUACAAGGGCUAGAUCGCAGUUGGUAGCCAGGAAUGGGGAAGCGGACGGCGACCUUAACCCUAAUCAUAAUCUUGACCCUAACCUUAACCUCAACAUUAACCGUUAACCUUAAGGCCAACCCUAACCAAAAUCGUAAAGAUAACCGUAGCCCUUAGACAUAGCCGCAACUGAAAAACUUAACCGUAAUACUGAAACCUAAUCGUACGCUCAAACCCUAACCGUAACCCGAAAACCGAAGCCAAAGGGCAUAAACCUAACCCGAAAAUCGGAAACCAUUAACCGGUACCCUAAUCCUAACCUCAGACGUAAAACGGAAGCCAAAUGGGUCAGAUGUGAUUAUGGAACCCCACAAAACAGCCCCAGUAAACAACCCCCCCAGCCACCACUAAUACGGGGCCUGGCUACCAACUGCGAUCUAGCCAAGCAAGUUAACGCUGGGUCGGGAGAUUGUCCUAUCUGUUAGGCUUGCUGAAGAAGAAAUUUGGGUAAGGACGUAGCAGGCGACCCCGCUUAGGGAACAAAAACCAGGUCACCGUGGCAUACUGCGCCCUCGCCCUUUUUAUAACUGACGCCUCCGCGCUCUCCUAACUAGGUGGAGUGUAAUCUACUUCUCUUUUUUUAAACACAUCGGAAGAACUGCGAAAAAGUGCUUGACUUUUGCUUGCGCUGUCAGCUACCUUAACAUCCUCGGCAUUCCUCGAAGGUCGGGUUCCUAAUAAGUGUGCGCUUCUGUAAGUAACUGUAGAAAAAUUUGGCGCGAGGACGCAAUACACCACCCAAACGUUUUUUCCGAAUGUUUACCUACUAUCGCGCGCUCUCCUUUUCGCCGUUUAGCCCCACCCAUAAAACCCGUACUACGCGAUGAUCUGGAUUUUGUUCCCUGAAUGGGGUGGCAUACUGCGUCCUCGCCGAAACAUGGUAGGACACGGGGCAACGGUAGGGUGAAGAACCCCAAAUAGCUGUCGGUAGGCUGUGGAUCGUGUCGCACGGAAAUGGGUUUUACGGUUGGGGCAGCACGCUGGACAGUAAACUGACAGAAUGCAGGAAAACACAGAAGACGGUCGGUGGCAAAAACGAUGCUAUCGAGUAAAGUGAUGAACGUAUGCAGAUACGGUAUCCAGCUGGAUAUUCUCUGGUGUUCCAGCUUGAAAGAGUGCCUGACCAUCGAACAACUGAGCCUGUCCCCUAGCAGACAUUUUUGUAGUCCCGCACUGCAUUCUCAGUUGAUCUCCUUUUUGUUUCCCCGCUCUUGGGUACAACUGUCCGUCGUCAGUGCUUAAUUAGAUUUCGCAAGUACGCACACGAUCCUUAGUCUACCGACAGUUAACUGAAGUCCUUCACCCUACCGUUGCCGGACACGGAAGAGGGAACCUCUCCCUCCCCUUUUCCCCGUAAUACAGAUGACCUUGUGCCGCAUCCCAGGAGGAUUAGGGUUAGGGAGGGAGUUAACGUUAGGGUCAGGAUUAAGGUUUGGGCUAGGGUCAGGACAUUGGAAUAGACACCCUCCCUAUAAUUGGUAACGGUAGGUUGCUUAACCCCUCUGGAUUAAAUUUAUCUGUCUUAUUGUUGUUUAUGAGAAGGACUAGGCAUAAAUAGUCCUAAAGAAAUAACUAAAUCAGGCGUACACAUUUGACAAUAAAAACCGUUCAGAGAUAUCGAGGAAACAGAGCGUUUGUGUUCCAACCGAAGCAAAGUAAACCAAAAUGCAGCCAGCGAUCCUUGUAGCACGCAUAGUAUGGUGAGUACCAACAUGGCACAAAAAGGUUUAAUUACUCUUCCGGGAGAAGUAAGUAAGUCACGGCGUACCGAAUCGACAAACAAAGGCAAUACAAGUGCAUUAGGGUAAUUACGAAAUCAGGGUAAGACUAAGGGAUUACGAGAAGGAGGAGGAAACGAAAACAUCAUUCCAAAUAAUUUAUCACUUAAACGUCACCCUGAAGUCACUCGGUGCAUGCAGUCAUAUCAAAGUUUUAAUUAACACAUACACAGCCAGUGGGUUUACACAACCUAUCCUUACCCUAUAACUCAACCCAACGCCACUGGCAUUCCGGGGAUUCCUAUUCCCGUGCCUUACCGCAAACGCCAUCUGCAAACAUAAGCCUCAACCAGAUUACUGGUCAUUGAAGCAUAGUCAGUCGUGUCUCUUUGCACGCAGACUAAUGAAGACAUCGAUCGAGUGCCUUAAUCUGGUCUACUUAUGGUGUUUUUAUUUCUUCCCAUGCCCUCUCCCACACUUUGCGGCUUUCAAGGAAAUCAAAGAUUUUCUGGAGAGGGAAAUCAUUCUUAAGCACCAGACCGGGGCGUGGCUGACAAAGGACUUCCUAUAUGCCCAAGUAUCGUCUGUUUUCGUGCUGGCGGCGGCAAUGGGAGCUUUCAGUUGCGGAUGGGUUGCAGACUUCCUCGGACGGUAAGUAUUCCUUUCGGGGAACACUCCUGUUUUUUCCCUCAAAAGUGUACUUUUCGCAGGGGCAGAACUGCAUUAUGUAGACGUCUAAAUAGGACGUGGAAAUAAGAACGCCCCGCCCAAGUAAUAAAGGUUCACCCGCUCAUAAUUCUAGAAAGGAGGAAAUAUGCCCGUGCCCUAAACCCAACACCACUAUAAAAAUAAACCAUUGCCGUAAUCUCGACCCUAACCCUACCCUAAACCAUAACUCUGCAGUUAACACUUGCCUCUACCUUGACCCUAAACUUGACCCUGGCUUACGCUACCGCUAACUUUGAAUUAGACCCCAAACCUAAUCCUUAACUUGACUCGAACCGUUGUUUCACUGGAAGUUGGCUCGAAGCCACCUGCUUUGCAGGUGGUUCCUGUCCUUAUGCCCCGUUUAGACGUCCACAUAAAUCAGUUCUACCCUCGUAGGAUGCGGUACGUUCCCCACUCAGCAGGACAUAUGUUAGAAAUUUUUCGUUUUAGCCUGACCUCCAGCGCAAGUUGUGCAGUAAUUUCGAACCUAUGCAGAAUCCAUGACAGCAAUGCGAACGCACCUGCACACCCGUAAGAACCGCAUUUUAUCGAAAAAUACGCCAGACGGUUGGUAUAGUUUAUGAUUUUAGCUGCUACAAAACCCCCAGGAAAACGUCCGCUAUACUUCAGCCCGACAGUCCCGAAAUUCCGCUUUCGUUGUCUGUAUGCUUAAUCAACUUCGCUAUAUUUGUCCAUAGGCUACUGACGCAGACGAAACUUCAUGCUCAAAUGUCCGUCCAGCACCAGCAGUGGUUGAUGCCCGUAUGCGAAAACUAUCCCUUUUGUGUCCUUUAAAAGUAGAAAUGAUCCCGGGAGGCCAAAGCUAAUCCACCUAUCUGACUUCAGUGGAAUCGCUAAGUGCAAAUGUUUGCAAAUUUGACGGAAAGGCGCUAAAUGUCAUGCUACUUACCCUGACGUAUUUUGCACCACCUAAACCAGUAAGGAUCCCCCACAGGAGAUCCAUAUGUGAGGAAUUAUUACAAAUUACAAAUGCUAUGGUUACUUUUAGUGAGGUCGAAGAACUAGCAUUGCCUUUACCAACACAGAAAGACCACUUGAUACUGUCGAACUCCUCACUGUAAGGUUCUGGUCAAAACCACAGAAUGGACUUUACUGACGUCAAACGAAGUAUAAAUUGUAAACUUCUAGGCUCAACGGGUAUCUCAACAUGUAGUCAGACUUUACGCUUUAUACUCAGGUCGUCAGUCACAGUGGCAUCAGUCUGAAGAUGCCCAUUUUGUUGUCGACUUCUGAGUCAGUUAGACUAAGUAAAGGCCCUAGGGUCUGCAUGCAGUCCGGAAAUUUUGUCGAUUGCGACACACUGGACCUCUAUUUGCCAGCGACACUGGUGGGUAAAGCGACAAGACCGUGUUUAGACGAGACAACUUUCGAAGAAAAGAGAACUGCCUUCUACGAGCUUCUAAUCCCUACUGUGCAUGCUUGCCUGUUGUUUUAAACGUCGGCAUGCUGACAUAUGUUUCGGAGAGCUCUUCUUCUUCCACAAUCCAAGCCUUUUGUCUGUUUUCUGAAUUUAAGUAGCCAAUCUAAACUUCACUCAAUUCAGGUGGUCAUCGUGUCUUAAACUGACGAUCCGGAAUUCAACUUUAAGGUGGACAUGGUGCAGGUGUCUUCCCUGCGUCGAUCACACCGUAAAACCAGGCUGUUUAUGGGCAUGGUAUAGUGGUGAAGUGUUUUUCAUAAUGAGAGUGUUUUUGCCGAUGUUAGUCUUUAAUUCUCUAGAUAUGUUCGGGCGUUUUUUGUUAUGUUGCUCCGCGGCGACGGGCUACGGGAGGCUGUAUAAAUCGCGUAUUAGUGUUGGCAAGGUAGUAAAUCUCUGAAUUGCCCUUCAAGACCUUAAUGUUUAUGGUUUUUUGGUUUUCCUUCCUGCUGCACGCGAAUUUAGAUGCCUGCAGCUCAUGCUUUCACGUUCUUUUGCCCCCACUUCUAGACGAAAUAGCCUGUUAGUCAAUAACUUGAUCGGCAUUGUCGGAUCUGUGCUCAGCGGUCUGUGCGUCGUUGUUGGACAUCCAGCCCUCCUCUACGUUGGCCGAUUUUUCAGUGGCAUCAACAGUGGCAUCACCAUUGGCGUUGCCUCCAUCUACCUAACUGAGAUCGCGCCUCGAAAUCUGCGCGGCAUGAUCGGCGCCUGCCAUCAGUUGGCCGUCACCAUGGGAAUUUUCGUGGCCUACCUAGCAACUCUGACCCAGGCCCUGAAUGAUGCACAAAAGUGGCCACUUGCCAUCGGCAUCGGCGCCAUCCCACCCGUCAUCUCCUGCAUCUUCUUCCCCUUCUGUCCGGAGAGCGCCCGCUACAUAUACCUGCUGAAGAAUCGCGAGGAGGAGGCGAGAGUGGCCUUCCAGCGCGUGAAUGCCAGUGAAAAUGUUGACAUGUUUAUCGCAGAGAUGCGAGAGGAGGCGGAUGUGGCACGGAAUCAACCAAAGUUCAAGUUUGUCCAGCUCUUCAAGCAGCGGGAUCUUCGAAUGCCGGUCCUGAUCGCCGUGUUGAUUCAAGUUCUUCAACAGCUCUCGGGUAUCAAUGCGGUAAGUCUCUCUCGAAAGGCCAGCGGGCCUGCGUUUUCCAUCUGGCCCCUAUCACUAGUCGACGUCGAGCCUUCGCAUGCACGGGACCUCGUGAACUUGUCUGUCAUCAAUUUACCAAAAGAGUCUUUUUAUACCACCUUCAGCGUGCACAAUGGCUGAUAAUUUUUGCUGAUGUGAACGACAAUUCGACCGUUGUUACAAGAGACGAUAUCCGCCGUUCGCCUCACAGCAUAGUGAGCGCAAUGACAGCCACUUGAGUGCGAAUUGCUUUAUAAUGACAGCAGACUUGCGCCGCAUCUACGGCACUCUCUCCAUCCCCACCCUCUUGAGUCCGGCUGCAGGAGGAAGUUAAGAAGACCGUAGGUGUGAUCGAGCUGACAAAGCGAACGUCCGUCUACGCGCGCCGCACACGUCCGGUCCGCGGUGCCGGUGGACCGGGUUUUUGCGAAAAAAAAGGAAAGGGGCGGCUCGGUUCCUAACUGAGUCGGAUUUUCAUGGUGGCUACAUUAAGAAGGAGCCGUUGUAGCCUGACGUUCCCCUCUGAGAGGAGGACGGCUUCUAACGUACCGUAAUAAUUUAAAACCUCUUCAGACUGGUUAUUGUGAGGAAUAUGAACUGAAGUGCCGUGGGGACGCAGUCCGCAGAGUCAACCUCGCUCCCUCUCUUCCCUCUUCCAUUAUCUGAGAGGGUCAGUCGUCUGGUGCGGUGAUUGGGCCUGCGCCUAGGCGUGCAACAGCAUCCCCCAUAUGUAGCAUUUGCUAUUGUUGCGCAGAUCCCAGUAACACCUGCUGCGCCAUAAUCUGACCCCCUGUGUCAAUCCAACGCAAGGCGCGGCGCGGCGCGUUUUUGGGGGACAGCGUUGAUAAAAAAGGAAGGGUUGCCUAUGUACUCCUCUUUCUUUCUUCUUCCCCCGCUUGCGUCAAGUUACCCGUUCGAUCAUGAUCCGAACGUCGUGGGAGCUGGUUUUUUCUGUUCCAAUAUUGUCUAUUCUGGACAAUUUUACCAGUUUCAGGGCACUCUUUUGCUAGAAAGAAAGCCUGAAAUCACACGAGAAUCGAAAACAGCGAACUAUCUUGAUUGCAGGACGGAAAUAAAUCAUUCAGUUUUCCUUUAAACUAAUGGUCUACGGCUCACAUAUGCGAUGGCGUGGCAACCACCAACCAGUAAUCAAUAACUUUUGCCAACAAAGACAGGGAUAUCGUAAUGGCCAUUUCUGACCUAUUUACCAACUUACUGUCCCGACCCGGGGUUGCUGCGCGCUGAGGUUUGAGCCCGAAUCAGUCGUAAACAGCAAGGCUUGAUAACGGCAAAUAAGCCAAAAAUAUAUAUUUUGGUCUUCGGUCUCUCAGUAAGACUAGGAGAGAAGUUGGAUUGGUUAAAACCAAAUUGACUUUUAUGUGUAUUCCACGCAAUAUCCGACAAUUACGCUGCUCCAAAAUUAGCGAAGAAGGCAUAUAUGCGAUGAGGGCAAAUACCAAGACUGUACAAAUGGGGGUGAUCGUAGUAUUUCGACAGAAGAAUAUCUGGUUCUGCGGGCAGAGGCCGCAAAUGACCCAGCAAGUCAUAUGAUCGUCCAUCGGCUGAAAUGCUGACGAAGCACCCGGUGGUUACACUAACGACGUAGAAAAAUCCUCUUUGCUGUCUUUCAAACUCCUGUCAGAUUAACUGUGCUGAUUUGACCCGCGCCUACAGACGACUGCUGCCGGAGCGCAGCUCACAGAACAACUUUAUCGGCUCUUGUAAAUAAUUCAGCACUGAGUGACAGCUGACUGAUCAUUUCAUUACGCUGUUGAGCAUGUGACAGUUCCUCUGUCGCCACCGCCUGAGGAAGUUGCGAUGGCCGAUGCGUCUUGGUAUGUGGUUAUGUGAAUUGCACAGCAUCAACAUUUCUCGUCCCUGUCUCUCUCCCCGUCUCCACUUAAUAGCGCAGGCAUUAUGGUUCACUUGGUCUAGUGCUCACGAAUCUUGUACAGUAAGUGGGCUAACUCAUGAAAUGUCAAAAGAAAUUCCGAAAUGCGUCGUCGUUUCGAAAAGAUUAAUGUGGUAGGGUUGUAAAACCAAUCCUCGUGCAGCAUAAUUGUAUAAUAAUUCAGUUACCCCAGGAAGCCGGCUUUCGAACGAACUUCUUUUCGGCUGCAUCCAAAAACCGUACUGCGUGAAAAAUGAUCACUUAAGUAGCAUGCAUUUUUUCAUUGGUUUUCGAUGCCCUUAAAGAUUCACUUACAUUUCACGGAAAACAUGCACAAAAUUAUUCAUUCCCUUGCUCAUUCAGUAGAAAAUUACGUCUUAUUUUAAUUUUACACUCGAAGGAAAGGUAUAAUUUAGUUUUAUAAAACUUUUUCAAUUGCCGAAAAAUUUUGAACCCAAUUUGCCGUUACACUUGCAUUCAGGGUUCCCAAACUACAAGCCGUAUAAUUCCCGCGUACGGAAAGCCAUAUAUUUCUCUACGGUACUGAAGGGGGACCAUAUAGGGCUCAUAAAAUUAAGCAGUGGAUUUAAUCCACUUUGUUAACUUUACAAGCCAUAUUGGUAAAUGCAGAGACAUGACGUUUUAUGUAGGGCCAUUUCACGGUAUUAAUAAAUCUCACAAUUAGAAACUUUUUUAAAACCUAAUUACACCCUUCCGCCGAGUGUAAAAUUGAAGGAAGACGUAUCUUCUACUGAAUGAGCGAAACAAUGAAUAUUUUUAUGCAUGUUUUCCAUGAAAUAUAAUGGAAUCUUUAAGGACAUCAAAAAUCAAUGAAAAAAAAUGUAUGCUACGGAGGAUGGUUUUUGGAUGCAGCUGAAAAGAAGUUCGUUCGAAAGCCAGAAUCCUGUGAUAACCGAAUUAUUAUAGAAUUAUGCUGCAGGAUGAUUAGUUUUACAGCCCUACUAAAUUAAUCUUUUCUAAACGGAAACGCAUUUCGGAAUUUCUGUUGACACUUCAUGAUUUAGCCCACCUACUGUAUGUCACACAUCUAAUAUUUCUUCUGCCGGCAGGAGCUAGACUUUGCGCACUCAGCCGUCACAUGGGCCGCAUUAAAAGGCGUUAUUUAAUAUGGCUCUCAGUCUGUGGCUAAACUGACUGGAAUAGUCCCUGGGCGUGGUUGGCUGCAGGCCACUUCAGCCGCCCGAGCUAGUCCGCGAUUUGGCAACCAUCAGGUCACGGCUUUUAGCGUGCUGUCAUUGCAUGCACUCCCUAUCUAGCUCCUUAGCCUCAGACAGCCCGCCUUACAAUGACAGCCUCCGGCCUUGACUGUGAGCGCUUUUUUCUAGUUGGUCAAUGGAAGGGCAGGCGAUCGUAGGGUAAAUACUAGUUAUUUUUUGGGUGUUAAUUGAGCAUUUGCGUGGGGUAAGGAAAAAACUACGGAGAUCUUCCCACGGUUUUUUCUCAAAGAAGGUGUUGUUCGGUAGAGUUGUUGGUCGGCCCUUCGUCGGCAGGGUGACGUUUGCCGACCCGUAUCGCCUCGAGAAGUCGGUUCAUUAUCCUGCACACCCCACGCGUAAUUCUUUAGUAAGAGGAAAGCUCAAUUUAAAAAAAGUUAGGCGCAGAGAGCAAGCAGUCAGGUAGUAAAAAAAUAUUCUAAAUAUUUUUGGCUAGAAUUCAUACAUCUGCCAGCAAAGCAGGAGUGUUAAAACGCUGGUAAAUUUGAAUAAGGCAAAGGCGACAAAGCAGGCAGAAUUUACUGACAUCAUAAAUUUCGAGACCUCUCAUUCAGCUGCACACGGUCAUUGCAUAGUUAUAUGACAAGUCAAACUGUUCAACCAGCGAUCGACCGAGAGAGAUAAAACGUGAUAGGUAACACGAAACAUGGGUCUGGUAUGCGGUUGCGUAAUGCGAGGGGGAGGGGGAGAAAAGUCAUUCAAGUAUGUGAGUUAGGAUUACAGUGAGGACUUGUCGUGCAUUCAGUCAUAUCGGGGAGGGGGAGGGAAGGUGGAGGCGAGAUGAGAGGGCGUAUAUGGGAACAGGGUUUUGUCCAUAAGCGAUCCUUAUCAUGGCAGUGCCAGGUAUAUAACGUAGUCCAACUGCUUACAGAGUUCUGGUUUCCUCCUCCGCACGCAUGCCUUGUCUCCUUUGCCUUAUUCAAAUUUAUUCCGGGAAAACGUUGCUUCAAUCUGCUGGUCAAAUUGUUAAACAACAGUUGGCAUUUUCCUACUCUGCGCACAUAAUUAAUCCUUGCCCCUUUUUUAAAUGUCAGCUUAGCGCCUUGUUCUCUCCACGCAUCUGUACAGGUGGUGGCCAAUUCGUCGCUCAUGCUGCAGACGGCCAGUGUGCCGGAGAGCCAACUGCAGUACUACGUCCUUGGCACGGGGUUCCUCAACGUCAUUUGCACAAUAGUUGCACUACCCCUGCUGGAGCGCGCCGGUCGUCGAACCCUUCUGCUCUGGCCUACGCUCAUCCUUGGUUUAACACUGCUCCUACAGACCAUCAUGGUGAGCGUCAUCAACUCCAAGCCGAGCGAUGAGCAGGGACCGUUUGCCAUUGUCUCCGCCGUCCUCGUCUUCGUCUACAUUGGCAGUUUUGCUGUUGGACUGGGGCCUAUCCCCGCCCUGAUUGUUGCAGAAAUCUUCCGACAGGGUCCUCGGGGAGCUGCCUACUCGCUGAGCCAGAGCAUUCAGUGGCUCUGCAAUCUCAUCGUUCUCUUCAGUUUCCCCUCGCUGAAUGUAAGCACCGGUUUGCUGACUUUUGGGGAUGUAAUGCAGGCGUUGCGGUCACAGACCGUCUGACGCGCCCCUGAACACUAAGACGGCCGCUGUUCCGUGUGUUCUAUCGCGUCGGGCAGUAAUCAAUCCGAGAAGUUUAACCGAGCUAGACAAAAGAGACUGCUACGAAGAUUUCUAGGCCACUUUUCGGACUUAACUCACAGGCCAUCUUUGCCUGCAGCUAGAACUGAUCGGCCGAGUCUCCUCUUUCUCUAUUGGGUAGUGUUUCUCGACUACUGAUCCACAUGCGAAGACGCCAGAGUGGAGCUCAAAGGCCAAAUAGGAUCAACAUUACUUCAUCCUACGAUUAAGCCGAACCGGUCAAUGUCACAUUCACAUGAUUUUGUGUAACAGUUUGGCAUGCAGGCAAGGGCAGAACUGUAACCGAAAGGUAUAAGCAGGACCAGAAUGUCAGGCUGGCUUUCGCAACAUCUACCGCACAAUAUCCUCUCCCAUCCACCUUGUUCUGAUGGCGAGGCAAUGCCAGAGUGACCGGAGGCAGACGUAGGUGCAGUGGCUGUCUGCGUUAAACGACCCGUUUAUGCGCGCCACACACGACCUGCCGUCUGCGAAGUCGAAGGAGAAUGGCUUACCUCCAGAAUGUGGGUAACGAAGUGCGAGAGCUGAUCACACUAUCGCACCCGAUCUGUGCUGACCUGCGCGCAACCUGAUCUUUCGUCCGGCGUGGCUUCUACCAGCCAUUCAGUCCGACACACACGAUAGUUAAUCCUGUCACACUCUGUCGUAUUCGCCUCUAGAUGUUGGAAGUAAAUGCUAACAGGACAUUUUUGGGAUCCACCCAGCCUAAACGCCACUAAUGUGCUCCACUCGCGCUAGUACGUUACUGACAGUCGUCGUCAACGCCCAGUUCAACUGUACCCUUCUGCUUCGAUUUUGUAGGAAUCAAUGAAAGGUUACGUCUACCUGCCCUUCCUCGUGGUUGUUGUGGUCUGCUGGGUCUUCUUCUUCCUAUUCAUGCCGGAGACGAAGAACCGCACUUUUGAUGAGGUUGCCAGGGACCUGGCCUUCGGCACAAUUGUCGUGGGUCGGCGUACCGCUGCUCUCCAAACCACCGUAUUUACAAAGGAGUCCAAUGAGGAACCGACUCCAGCAAACCCCCUCCUAGAGGGCGUCGGGAGUCAAAAAGUUGCCUGA